AUGGACCCCGCAAGAAGAGCAUUGAUCGAGGACCGCCGGUCGCCCAACAAACGCGACGCAACCGCAGCCCGGUUUGACCCAAGUACGCGCGUUACCAAAACUUCACGCACAGAGUAUGCCAGGCCAACAAAGAGCAGCAGGGGCGGCCAUAACGGCGGUGGAGGCGCACCUCAGCACAUGACCGAGGACGAACAGUCACGGAAAUUCGUGGCUGACGAGGACAAGUUCGUUCUGAAGCAGUCCAAGACGAAAGCUGAUAUUCGCGUGCGCGAGGGCCGCGCCAAACCGAUCGAUUACCUCGCCUUCAGCCUCAAGUUCAUCGAUCCUGAGCGCGAUAUCCUCGACGAUGAGGACCAGGAUCUGGAUAUUGAAGUGCCUUCUCCCUCUGAGAUCGUCCAGGACCUCACAGCGGCGCAAUUGAAGGAGCUCCAAAGCGACAUCGCCUCGUACCACGUACUGGAAACAAACGCGAAGAAUCGAGAUUACUGGCAAGCGCUACAGUCGCUGUGUGAUAAGCAGAUGGCCAAACUUAGCCCCGAGAAGAACGAGGAGCGGGUCGUCAGCAGCGUGGCCGAGGACAUCGACAAAAUAUUGGCCCCGAAAACCUAUGAACAGCUCGAGACACUGGAGGGCCAGAUCAAGGCGAAGCUGCAGAGCACAGAUGACAUUGACACGGACUACUGGGAGCAGCUUCUGCGGAGUCUUGCCGUGUGGAAGUCCAAGGCGACGUUGAACAAGGUCUUCGCAGCUGUCACAGAAGCCCGCGUAGAGCGCUUGGAGCAGCGCGGGGCUGUCCUACCCAGCGUGCCCAGGACGUCGGGCUCGACCACAAGUCCCGCGAACAAUCCCAAGGAGGUCGAUUCGGGGGCCGUUCAAGCGCCCGCGCCGAAACAGGAUCGUGCUCAGGCCCCCCCCGGCACUUCUCGCUUUUCGCAGUCAGAGACCGGGGACUUCUCGCAGACCACGAAUGCACUAUACGAUCGGGAGGUCGCGCGCGGCGUAGAAGAAGGCGAGGAGGUCUUCACGGCGGAAGAGUCCGUGCCGACUGGUACGAAGCCGCAGUGGGCAGACAAGUACCGACCGCGUAAGCCUCGAUACUUCAACCGUGUGCAAAUGGGGUACGAGUGGAACAAGUACAACCAAACACACUAUGACCAGGACAACCCGCCUCCCAAGGUCGUGCAGGGCUACAAGUUUAACAUCUUCUACCCAGAGCUUAUCGACAAGACCAAGGCACCCACCUUCAAGAUCAUUCGCGAACAUGGGAGACGGCGCGGCGAAUCUUUCGCGGCCGCUGGCGAGGAGGACACGUGUCUCAUUCGCUUCAUUGCUGGCCCGCCAUAUGAGGACAUUGCAUUCCGUAUCGUGGAUCGAGAAUGGGACUACAGUGCGAAGCGGGAUCGAGGGUUCAAGAGUUCUUUUGAUAAGGGCAUCCUACAACUACACUUUCAGUUCAAGAAGAUAUUUUACAGGAAAUGA